UGACCAGUGAUGAAUGCUGAGGGGCUUCCGUUUUUUGAAGAAAUAUUUCAGAAACAGCCGUUUUUUCGAUUUUCGAUUCCACUUACUCCUUUUGUUGCUUGUGAUUUGCACUUCUGUUUUCUAGAGAAUAGUGUAUUUACAGUCAUGCAAGGUGCUGCUUUAUUAUAGUUUACCACCUAAAAAACAAGUCGGUACUUUUUUUAUUUACAACAAACUUGUUCAGAUAUUUUUACCCGCUUACAUUAUCUAUUCCAGUGAUUGCACGGCUCUUCGUCGUCUCUACCAUUCCUCCAACGCCGAGAAAGUGUUUACUGAUGAGGAAACGAAUGGCACGACCCCUUCUGCGACCAGUUCAUAUUGAAACCAGUUAAAAUCCCCACAGUCAGUGUGACAUUGCCCUCUCUGGUCCGCAGCUCGUCCGGAUGAUCUCUGCAGCGACCGCAUGACUCCAGGAGCCUGACGCACCGGCGGACCCAGCGGACACGCACACGAGACCAUGGAAUUAACAUCAAAUGAUAGUGACUUCUGGCAAUUCAACGAAACGUGGAGGAACUCCAGCCUCGGCCAUGUGGCCCCUAAGUUAAACCAAACGAACCCUUUGAAGCGCAACGAAGAGGUGGCCAAGGUGGAGGUGACCGUGCUCGCCCUGGUGCUCCUGCUGGCGCUGAUCGGGAACCUGUGCGUCCUGCUGGCCAUCCACACCACCAAGCACAGCAAGUCGCGCAUGUACUACUUCAUGAAGCACCUCAGCAUCGCCGAUCUGGUAGUCGCGAUCUUCCAAGUUCUCCCUCAACUCAUCUGGGACAUUACUUUCCGCUUCUACGGACCUGACAUUCUGUGCAGACUGGUCAAGUACUUCCAGGUGGUCGGGAUGUUCGCGUCCACCUACAUGUUAGUGUUGAUGUCCAUAGACAGGUGCCUGGCCAUCUGUCAGCCCCUGCGCUCCCUGCACCGGAGGAAAGACCGUUUUUAUGUCAUCCUGUCCUGGUUGAUGAGCCUCUUUUUCAGCGCGCCACAGAUGUUCAUCUUCUCUCUGAGGGAGGUAGGGAGCGAGGGGUCGGGCGUGUAUGACUGCUGGGGGGACUUCGUGCAGCCUUGGGGAGCCAAGGCCUACAUCACGUGGAUCAGUCUGACCAUCUAUAUUAUUCCUGUGACCGUCUUAAGUAUCUGCUAUGGAUUAAUAAGUUUUAAAAUAUGGCAAAACUUUAGGCUUAAAACCAAGCGAGACCACGGCAUUAACCUCACGCCCCGGAUCUCAAAGGCGAACGCCAUCUCCCGGGUGAGCAGCGUUAAGCUCAUCUCCAAGGCGAAGAUCACCACGGUCAAAAUGACCUUUGUGAUCGUGCUGGCUUAUAUCGUGUGUUGGACCCCGUUUUUCUCCGUUCAGAUGUGGUCUGCGUGGGAUCCAGCAGCGCCCAGAGAGGCCAUGCCCUUCAUCAUCUCCAUGUUGCUGGCCAGCCUCAACAGCUGCUGCAACCCCUGGAUCUACAUGUGCUUCGCGGGCCACCUUUUCCAGGACCUCAGGCAGAGCUUCGUGUGCUGCCCCACGCGCUACCUCAAGUCGGCCCGCUGCCAAUGUGAGAGGGACUUUGAGUCCAGCCACAAGAGCAACUCCUCCACCUACGUCAUCAAGAGCACCAGCAGCCAGAGAAGCAUCACUCAGACGUCUAACACAUAGAGCCUCCGCCUCCCUCCACCACCACCUCCACCUGUAAACCCUGUCUCACCCUUCCACGCCUGUGCGCCCUCGACAUAACCCAGGCUGUAAGAUGCUGUCUGACAGCUGCCAUCCAGGCAGCAGCGUACGCUUACCUCCCUCCAUCUCCCCUCUCCCUGCUUUCUCCAAUGCAGCCUGAGGAAGCAUGUGUGGUUGUUCUUGUAGUUAUUAAGGUUGGAAGAGCAUUUACUCGAAUCACCUGAAGGGACAGGGAUCUGACUUCAUCAAAAGGAGGAUGGGUGACUUCAACGCAUGUGUGAUUAGACAUGGACACGUGGGAUACCCAUGGGUGGAAUCCAUGCAUUGGCACCGCUGGUUCAGAGCGGGAGGUGUUUCUGAAUCCACACUGCAUGGUGCUUUAAUGGUGCAAAUAUUCUGCUGUUGUUGUUGUAGUUGUUAUACACAAUGAUCUAUUUUCAGUCCAAUAUCACUCAUGUCAUGAAUGGCACCGUUUAUUGCAUGACUAAUACACUUUAGUUUGGCGGUAUGGGUCCACUCUUUUAGGGUGUGCUGUAGGAUUAAAAGCAUGACAAACAGUUGGAUACAGCAUACCAUCAUUUGACAACAGGGAGAACUAUCCAAUCACGUCCAUGGGGUACAUCAGAUAUCUCCACCCCCAUUGUGUAGCUUACAUACGAUACAGAGAAGAAUCAAAGCAGGUGGAGGCAAGGGUGGUGUUCAAAUUAAAUUCAGCACACUUCACUUUGCAGAGUGUGUGUGCGUGUGCGUGUGCGUGUGCGUGUGCGUGCGUGCGUGCGUGCGUGCGUGUGUGUGUGUGUGUGUGUGUGAGAUAAAAAGGGGUUGGAUGGACCGCCUAUUAGUGUAUGUGUGUUCAUCGUGUGUUUCAAUUGGAUCGUGCAAGCUGGCAGCUCAUUGUUGGCGCAUGACUCGUGUUUCCCACCAGAAAAAGCCACUCCCUUUGUGUGUUUGUAUUAUGUAAAGCUUCAGCAACAAUUUACUCAUUUGUAGUUUUGAGGUGGCAUCCGAAUAAAAUGUGUGCCUUCUGGAUUUAUCUGCGUUUAAGUGUAAAAUCAGCAAUAUUUUACAUUGAAUUAUAAGAUGUUGCCAAAAUGUCCCCCACAAAGUAACUGAGGUGGACUGAAAUCCAAGUUUUAAGGUAUACCUUAUUUUUGUCUAUUGGGACUUAAACUUGAAUAGUUCAGUGCUGCUUUUUCAAGGUUGAGUUGCGGACAUUUAAAGAGUUAUGGCUCUGGUUUCAGUGACAAUCCUGUAGUGUGAACCCUCUUAUACAGUCAAAGCUACAAUUUACUAAAUUAUCUGGCCCACAAACCUCCUGGCUUCAGCUUUGUGUUGGACUAUGAAUUAUCCAUUAAUGGAGUUUUCCCAAGUGUUGGAAAAAUGUGACAGAGACUAAAUCAAAGGAGGGCAACUCCACCACCUCACAACUAAAGAGUACUUCAACCUUACUACAAAUGGUGCACAUCGCUAAUGUCCCAUGGUUAAAGGUGACAUAUUAUACCACCAGGUGUGAGUGUGAUUAACUAGGUGUUGCUAGAUAGAUCAGUCUACCAGCCUUCCCAGUGGACUGUAGCAAACGUUGCUCAUCUAUCCGUCAUACAUCAAGAUGGACACGCCCACUUGUGAUGUCAGAAGAAGCAGAUUUUCAAAAUGGUUUCUAACGGCUAAUCACACUCACUCAGGAUUCCAUGUACGUUCACUAUUUGCUUAUGCGUAAUUACAGUUAAAGGAGGAGAAAGCUAACACCCUUAUGCUAGUUUCCAGCUCUUGGAACAGAAUUUAUUCCAUCCAUCUCCAUUAUACAGGAUACAGUACACAAAACCAUCAUGGGGUUCACAAUGUAAAGCGAUUUGAGAAUAACACCUGCAUAGAAUAUGUUUCUUUUCAGUGUUAUUUUUUAUGUUCUAUGUGUAGCUUUGUAUUGCUUUGUAUCGUAUCUUCAAUGCUGGUAUUACAGUAUUAAUAGAGUAUCUAAAGUAUCUUUUUGAAGUAGAAUGAUUGUAUUUUAUCGUCAUGUAAAUCAAACACAUUUGCAGUAAACGUGUUUUAUAAAAGUAUACAAGACAGUAGGCUGCCUUAAUGACUCUCCUUGAAACUUUGUAGAUCGUAAAACAAAAGUAUCCCAAUCAUUAUUACAAGAUUUUCUUUGAAUAUGAUUUCACUUUUUAGGUUCAAAUCAUUAUGAGAAUUUCCAUGUGAGCUGCUGCUGAAAUUGCUAAGAAAAUGUUACAUAUAUCUAGUGUUGUAUUUUUGGAAAGUUAUCAUGUCUUAUUUAUUUGAAAUAAAUGUGUUAUAUGAAAAAAUAUGCUUUUUUCGUAUUUCAUUGUAAUUUAAAUAUAUAAAGAUACGGGGUCAACCCUUUCAGUGCUACUGAAGACCACAAGCUAACGGCAAAGCUCAAGAAUAUGUUAUUGGACUAAAGCCGACUGGAUUUAAACCCAUACUGUAGGCCUAAUAACAAUCCGUUUUUUUCUCUCCACUUUGAACGCCAUGCACGGGCAUUGU